UGCAGAACUCUGCGGAGUGUGCCAUUGGUGUUGAGAGUGUCCUGGACGUGGGGUCUAGAGAACUCUGUAAAUGGAAACCGUCUGAGGAGCGAGACCUGAGUGUGGAGGGCUCUGGGAGUGCACGCGGAGCUCUGGGCUGUGCUAUGUGCCCGCGGGGUGAGGCGUGUCAGCGCGGGCAGGCAGGGGGCCAGUGCGCGCGCCAGCCUGGCCGCCCCUGCGCGUGCCCGGGCGCCGCCCUGUCUGUCAGCGGCCGAGGGAACGCGCGGGGCCGCCCCUCUGCGGCGGGCGGGCGCAGAGAGCGAGCGGGGACCGAGCGGGGACCGGCGGGCGGUGGCACGGCGGACAUGUGCAGGAUGUCCUUCAAGAAGGAAACUCCGCUUGCCAAUGCUGCAUUCUGGGCAGCAAAGAGGGGAAACCUGGCCCUGCUGAAACUGCUAUUAAACAGUGGCCGUGUGGACGUGGACUGCAGAGACAGUCACGGCACCACACUUCUCAUGGUUGCCUCCUAUGCUGGCCACAUAGACUGUGUGAGGGAGCUUGUUCUGCAGGGAGCAGACAUCAACCUCCAGAGAGAGUCAGGUACAACUGCCCUGUUCUUCGCUGCCCAGCAAGGCCACAAUGAUGUUGUGAGAUUUCUCUUUGGAUUUGGAGCAUCCACUGAAUGUCGGACCAAAGAUGGGGGCACUGCCCUGUUGGCUGCUAGUCAGUAUGGGCACAUGCCAGUGGUGGAGACCUUGCUGAAACAUGGAGCCAACAUCCAUGACCAACUUUAUGAUGGAGCCACGGCCCUCUUUCUGGCUGCCCAAGGUGGCUACUUGGAUGUCAUCCGACUACUGCUGUCUUCAGGAGCAAAAGUCAACCAGCCAAGGCAGGAUGGAACCGCGCCACUGUGGAUCGCCUCCCAGAUGGGCCACAGCGAGGUGGUGCGCGUGAUGCUGCUGCGGGGAGCUGACCGUGACGCUGCUCGCAACGAUGGUACGACAGCAUUGCUGAAAGCAGCCAACAAAGGGUAUAACGAUGUCAUAGAGGAGCUGCUCAAAUUCUCACCUACUCUUGGUAUUUUGAAGAAUGGGACUUCGGCUCUCCAUGCAGCAGUGCUCAGUGGGAAUGUUAAAACGGUUGCCCUGCUCCUGGAAGCAGGGGCAGAUCCAGCGUUGAGAAACAAGAACUAGAAGAUGUCCGAAGCUUCCCCAACAGGAUAUUUAAGGAAAUGGAGAUGCCAAUCACCCUGACUCAUUCAUUACAGUUUAUAUCUCUGACUCAAUUAUCAAACUGUACCCCAUAAUAUGAACAAGUGAGAAUAAUAAAUGAGGAGCCAUCAAGAUGGCUCAGUGAGUAAAGGAGCUUGCCACUGAGUCUGAUGACCUGAGUUCAAGAUCUGGACCCUGUGUUGUAGAAGAGAACUGACUCCUACACGUAAAUUAGAAAAUGUGUUACAAAAAUAAUAAAUAAAUUGGAAUGUGGGCAGACAAAAAUCCCAUCUUGAGUCCUCCCUAUUGUACAAACCACCUAAUAGAAUAAACUAAAUAUUUUUAAGUCCAAUGCCUGUAUUCACUACACAGCUAUUAGAUGUAAUGUGCUGGACAUUGUGCUGAAAAUGGAGAUACAGUGAUUUAUAAGACAAAGGUCCUGCCUCCCAGGAGCCUCCAGUACAGUAAAGAUUUGGCUAGAUAUAAAGCUAGUGUCUAGCUGAGAGAACAGCGGGUACUACUUCUCAUUAGAAGGAGACCCCUGUUGCCUACUAGAGAUCAGUAAGUCCAGUGGAGGCUUCUUGUCACUGAAGGACAAAGCCUGGGGUCCCCUGCCGCCUUUGAGUCUCUAAAAUUACACCAGUGGGGGACUGCACUAAUGGCCAUAUCAUCUCCUUUCAGGCCAAUGAGCUCCCAGCAGAACUAACCAAAAAUGAACGCAUACUGCACCUCCUGAGACAAAAAGAAGGACCUGGGAAGAAUGAACUUGGAUCCAUCUUAGAUAGAUAGGAAUUUAGGCCACAGUGUCCAGAAAGAAAUGGUUCUUAACAAUGUUGGAAAUGAAGAAAGAAUGUCUGCCCUGUGGGUUUGCACACUGUGCACUGACCCAGGACGGCUCAGGGUCCACUUCCCUUUAUUUACAGUGGGCUUCUCACACUGCCCUAUAACUUAGCCCUCGGGGACAUGGAUAGUCACAGAUUCCACAGAAACCUAUCUACAACUAUGAUAACUAAGUUCAGCUCCAUGUUGGACAUGAUUUCAGUGCUAAAAAAGGAAACAAAAGCUUCAUUCUUUAAGAGUCAGAGGCCACCCUUCAAUGAAGCAGUACAUGUUUACUUUUGUGUUUAAUGUAGCUAUGCUAAAAUACAAUAUGUUUAAUGUAGCUAUGCUAAAAUACAAUGUGUUUAAUGUAGCCAUGCUAAAAUACAAUGUGUUUAAUGUAGCUGUGCUAAAACACAAUGCCUCCAUAAUAGUUUCAUUUGUCCAUUCAUUGUAAAGUAUUUUUAUCACCCAAAGAUCAGAGUCAUGGUUCUUGUGAACCAGUGUAUACAUAAGCAAUGGUUAUUUAAGAUCCACUUUUGACAUUCCACUAUGUGCUACUCAAAGAUGGGCCAUAAACACAUAGAAAAGAAAAACUGUUUGUUGGUAAAAAAAAAAAAAAAAAAAAAAAACCUCAACUUUUUCCUGACUUGUAAAGUCACUGUCUCCUAGUCCACAUUGUCAAUGUAUGAGGAUAGCAAUAGGGAAUUGAAAACCCCAACAUCUGCAAAACACAGGUCUCUUUGAGCUUUGACUCUGGUUGUAUGGUCUGGAGUCCAAUUUCCAAGGCACAAGCAAGGACACAAUAUGCUGGGGAAUCUGGCACUUCCCACAGCACUGUCUCUGACGGUGAGCUCACUGGAUGAAACACGAUAUACAUGAGUACUGUUGCUGUUACUACUGGGGACUCUCCAUAGUAAAGGCAGUUGUUAGUAUUUACCAGGUGCUCAUUGAUACAUACUCAUGGGUGAAUUGAUUCCAGCAAAGAACCACAAGUUCACCAAACUGUUUGAGGAGGGUCUAAAGUUGAUGCUCAAUGCACUUCCAAUGGUGUCUAAUUGCCUCUGUUGGUGCCUAACUGCAUAUACAGAAAUCAAUCUUCCUUCUAUAAUACACCGCAUGAAACACUAAUAGUACUUUCAUGUUUAAACACAUAUCCACUACUCUAGCUCAUACUAUGCUCCAGGUCCCAACCAGUAGUCUCUGUGUAAAGUCCUGUUAAGAUGGAAGGGAAAAUAAUCCUAAAGAAGGUUUUGCUUAACCAAAUGCAGUGUUAUGAGAAGCACUACCUUUAAGUCUAUAAAUGCCAGAAUGGAAUUCUUGAAAUCAGAAGAUGCUCUCUUAAAAUUGUUUAUGAUAAAUGCAAUCAGAAUGACAAGAUUUACAGCACACACCCUCAAAGAAGGAUAAAGUCUGUCUGACUGAUAAGCUCUGCAGAAAUCCCCACUCUAGUUUCAAGAUAAAAGAUUAGAAAGUUGUUCGUUGCCACAACACCUGACACAAAUAUUUUGGUAGCUCAAGAUCAGUGCCAACUUCCCCAUUGGCAGCCUUUUACUUGGCAAAGUUAUGCAAAUACACAUUAUCUUCAUGGGAAUUUUGAAAUGCUGUAUUUGCCUUGAAGAAGAAAUUAAUGUGGACUUAAAUGCUUUGCAAUUUCCCCUUUAUUUAACCCUAUACCAGAACCAGUUGUUCAUCAUAGGUCCAAAAGAAAACAGUAUUGCAAAUACCACCACCAACAACAACAAAUCCAAAAGACAGGAUCAGAAACUUCAUGUUUUUCACUAAAACCUCUUGACAUUGGCCUGUCACGUCAUAUGAACCAUUGUAGGGCCAUGAAAUUAAUUCAGUAUCUUUAGCAAUACUUAAUAAAGACCUUUGUGCUGUAUGAAACAGAUAUUUGGGUUAGCAUUUCAUCUAGAUGCAAUUAUGAUGUUAUCCGUGGCAGGGAAGUUGGGUAAGAACCUACCAAAAACUGAACAAGAUGUCUGUUAUUUCAGAAACUGUAUUUCCAUUUGCACACAUAUAAAGGACUCUUUAUAUUAGACUCAUAGACAAUCCAGUAAGUCUUAAUCCAAAGACUUAACAAAAGCAGUUCUUCUGCAAAUAAUCCAUUUAGCUGAACUACAAAAGUUUGCUACUACAUCCAUCUGUUUGACAACACAUUCCAUGUUAUACUUAAAAUAAAGUUAAUAAAUUGGGAAA